GUCGUCGACACUCCCUAAAGCAGGCGUUUGAGGACCUCCGGGAUCGAUCGAGAGGUGGCAGCACUUGAACACGCGGAUCCUCGGACACAACGCGAAAGAAAGUUCAGAAGGUUGCCGCAGGCGUCGCGUCAGGACGAGAAGUCUGAGAUUUUGACAGACAGGUGGUGCUUGAGUAUGCCGUAAUGGCGUGUGACGGAUAGAGUUGACAACACACGGGGUGGUGUUUUGUCGCCGGAGGUGAAAUCGCGAGUGGUGCGUUGAGUGAGGUUCGAUAUCGGGGCACGAGGUUUGCGCGAUGACGGUCUCCGGGUCGUUGCCCACCUACCAACGGUUCGUUAACGGCGUGCCGGUUCCCUCCUUCGCCCGGCGCUCCUUUAGACCGCGGGAAAAGUAUCUCAUACUGCUCGUGUUUUUGACGUUUGGGGUCGUGUGCUUUGGCGCAUUCUUCUUCCUUCCGGACUUCCGGAACGGGACCGGCGGCGCCGCCGUCAACAGCGUCUACAAGGUGUAUCAGCACAUGCAAAAGGCCGGACCGGAGCUGCUUAUUCCGGCUCCUCCACACGCCGACGAGUCUUCGCAUCCAAACGCUAUUCCCAUCGUGAAACACGCCGAACCCGGAGGUCUCGACAUCCACGUUAUCGAGGACAAGGAAAAGCUCCAGGCAAAAAUAAACGAGGAGUAUCAGCACCAAAAAACUCUGGAAAAACCUGAUAUCGACGGUAAAUCCCGUGCGUAUGUGACUAGUAGUGCUUCGCCGUUAAUACCUGGGACAAAUCGUCGUGUGGAAGAUCCUCUCCUGGAAACUGUGCCUCCUGCCCCAGCUGAUAGACUUCCAGUCGUCGUCGGUGGCGAAGACAAGGAUCCUGUGACCCGGCAGAGACGCGACAAAGUUAAAGAGAUGAUGAAGCAUGCCUGGGUGAACUACGUGAGAUACGCAUGGGGUGAAAAUGAACUUCGACCGAUUUCGAAACGCGGUCACAGCGCCAGCAUCUUCGGGGCAACGAACAUGGGUGCCUCGAUCGUCGACGGUCUUGACACUCUCUACAUAAUGGGAUUCCACGAUGAGUUCAAACAGGGUCGUGACUGGAUCGCUGAGAAUCUGGACUUUGACCUGAACAACGAGGUUUCCGUCUUCGAGACCAACAUCCGGUUCCUGGCCAGUCUUCUCUCCUGCUACGCUCUCACAGGCGAUGUCAUGUUUCGUGACAAGGCCGCGCAACUCGGUGAAAGUCUACUUCCUGCCUUCGAGACUGAAACUGGAAUUCCUCACUCGCUAAUAAAUCUUCGUACCGGGGUUAGCAAAAAUUAUGCCUGGGCCAGCAGUGGGUGCAGUAUCUUGUCGGAAAUCGGCACAAUGGAUUUGGAGUUUACAUACCUCAGCGACAUCACCGGCAAUCCUAUAUACAAGGAAAAGGUGAGGAGGAUACGAACGGUGCUAAAGAACCAGAAUAAACCCAAGGGUCUUUAUCCGAAUUACAUUAAUCCCAAGACUGGAAAAUGGGGACAACAUCACAUGUCCCUCGGUGGUCUGGGUGACAGCUUCUACGAGUAUCUUCUGAAGUCGUGGAUCCAAUCGGGUAAAGAGGACACUGAAGCCAGAGAGAUGUGGGAUGAUGCAGUAGCUGCUCUUCUCAAUCACAUGAUAAUCAGAUCUCCUGGUGGGCUUUUGUACGCUUCAGAUCUGAAGUACGAUCGUCUGGAGCACAAAAUGGGUCACUUGGCUUGCUUUGCAGGUGGGAUGUUUGCGAUGGGUGCCAAGAGCCUGCAGAACGAGGUAUCGGAUCACCACAUGGAAGUUGCUGCUGGUUUGACCAACACUUGCCACGAGUCAUACGACCGUACAGCGACAAAGCUUGGACCGGAAGCUUUUCACUUUAUUGAAAACAACGAAGCCAAGAGUUUGAAGAAUGGAGAAAAAUACUACAUCCUUAGACCAGAGACUUUUGAGUCGUACUUCAUCAUGUGGCGGCUAACAAAGGAUCCAAAAUACAGAGAAUGGGGAUGGGAGGCCGUUCAAGCUUUGGAGAAACACUGCAGAGUCGACGGAGGGUUCACCGGAUUGACCAAUGUCUACCUUUUAGACACCCCCAAGGAUGACGUUCAACAAAGUUACUUAUUUGCCGAAACGCUGAAGUAUCUCUACUUGUUGUUCAGCGACGACGAUCUCAUCAGCUUAGACGAGUGGGUGUUCAACUCGGAAGCGCACUUUAUUCCGAUUAGAGGCAACCCGUUGUACCGACCAGCGAAUGCCGUAUAAUUAGCCUAAUUCUUGAUGGACUCGUUCAACGAAUAAUAAUUCCCCUUUCACGAACUGGUGAAGACGAAUUAAAUUAACCAUGAAAGUUGAUGGUGGAUGUAGAAAGAUGGAAACUAGAUGAAAUUAAUUUUUGUUGACAAUCUCAUUGAGAUAUUAGGAAUCGAAUCGAAGAAAACAGUUUGAAACAAACUUGCUGACCAUCGCAAGACACACUCGAAAUAUGGUACUGCAGCAAAGCGAUACUUGCAGUCUCAAAAAAUCCUGACUGCGUAGGACAGCGUAUCCAUGAUUAAAAUAAUUAUACGCGA